CACUUUAUUCAACUUUAUUCCGAUAUGCGUGCACGGGGUACUCACUUUCGGAAUUUCUCGAGUAAUCAAAGUGGAAAUAAAGGAUCAAACAUUACUUUAAGGAUCGGAGUAAACAUGCCGGGUCGCGUUCAAAAAAAGUCCAGCCAGGUCACAUCAGCCGCUUCGAGAGACGCUGCAAUAUUUUAAGUGUCCGUGAAUGUCGAUAGCUUAAUCGUGUAAUAAACGAGGAAAGAUGUCUUUGGCUGACGAACUUCUUGCCGAUCUCGAGGAGAAUGAUGACACGGACGCUUUUAUGGAGGAGCCGGAACCGAAGUUUAUUCCGACUUCGGUUUCUAAAGUCCUGGAAGAAGAGAUAAAAGUAUCCUCCGUUCGAGAGUUGGCCAAGUUACGGGAUUCACAACAGUUGCAGCAGAUUAUGUUGCAGAUUGAAAAAUACAGCAAAGUGCCCAGAAGGUCAACCGAUAUUAUAGGACCUGUGGAAUCUGAUCCCGAGUAUCAAUUGAUAGUUGAAGCUAAUAAUAUGGCAGUAAAAAUUGAUAACGAAAUAGCUAUUAUACAUAGAUUUACAAGAGAUAAGUACUCAAAAAGAUUUCCAGAAUUGGAAUCCCUAGUGGUAGGACCGUUAGAAUAUGUGAUGACUGUUAGAGAAUUGGGCAAUGACCUGGAUAGAGCCAAAAAUAAUGAGACUUUACAACAGUUUCUUACCCAAGCCACAAUUAUGGUUGUUUCUGUAACAGCGUCAACUACUCAAGGCCAAUUAUUGACAGAAGAGGAGAAAGAAGCUAUUUGUGAAGCUUGUGAUAUGGCAGUAGAAUUAAACAAUUGUAAAUCGAAGAUAUUUGAAUAUGUGGAAAGCAGAAUGGCGUUUAUCGCGCCAAACUUGUCGAUAAUUGUUGGCGCAUCGACAGCUGCCAAGAUUAUGGGUGUCGCAGGUGGUCUGACGAAACUUUCUAAGAUGCCAGCUUGUAAUCUUUUAGUUCUAGGAUCCCAGAAAACCACGCUUUCUGGAUUUUCGCAAGUUACCACCUUGCCUCAUACUGGAUUUAUAUAUUACUCUGAAAUUGUACAAGAAACUCCUCCUGAUCUACGGAGGAAAGCAGCAAGGCUGGUGGCGUCAAAGAGCAUGCUGGCGGCGCGAGUAGACUCAUGUCACGAGAGCACGGAUGGUCACAUCGGCCAGAUGCUACGCGAAGAGAUCGAAAAAAAGCUGGAUAAGCUGCAAGAGCCGCCGCCCGUCAAGUUCGUGAAGCCAUUGCCAAAACCGAUCGAUCCCGGUCGAAAGAAGCGCGGUGGUAAACGCGUCCGCAAGAUGAAAGAACGCUACGCGAUCACGGAAUUCAGGAAGCACGCAAACAGGAUGAACUUUGCGGACAUCGAGAGCGAUGCCUAUCAAGAAGACCUUGGCUAUACUCGAGGGACGAUCGGCAAAGCCGGCACUGGUCGAAUCAGGCUGCCGCAAAUUGACGAGAAAACGAAAGUCAGGAUAUCCAAGGCACUUCAGAAAAAUCUGCAGAAGCAACAGCAAUGGGGAGGUAGCACCACCGUCAAGAAACAGGUCUCCGGAACUGCUUCCAGCGUGGCUUUCACUCCUUUACAAGGUCUUGAAAUUGUCAAUCCGCAAGCGGCAGAGAAAAAGGUGAACGAGGCAAACGCAAAAUAUUUCUCUAACACAGCUGGUUUCCUAAAAGUCAAGAAAACAGUCCCACUAGUUGAAAUACGGAUGGAUAAUACCCGACUACAUCCACCAAGUAAAAAAUGUACUUGUAAUCUUGGAAAUGAUUACGAGUCCGCAGUGCAAUGUGUACAUCGCUUAUCACUGCGUUAGAGAUCGAUAUCUUUGAAAAAUCAAUUUGCUCCUUGUUUCCGUUCAUUAUCUGAUUAACUUAUGGUUAAACUUAACCUGAUGUUUUAUCUAAUGAGCUUCACUUAUGGCAUCAUCAUAGGUAAAGUUCAUUGAGAAAAUCAGGUUAAGUUUAACCAUAAGUUAAUGAAUGAAAAACAGCCAUAGUGAAUUUCUUUAUAUUAUUUAAUUAGAGAAUGCUAUAAUUAAAGAAUAUAUAAAGAACUAGAAAUCAAAAUAGAGAUAUAUAGAUCUAUAGAUAGAGAGAA